CCCUAAUUCCAAUCCCUUGCGCCACUCCUCCUUUCUUUCUGAAGCAGCUGCCUCAAAGCGAGACAUACCCAGAACCAGGAAAUGACGACCCGUUUCAAGAAGCACCGGAAGAAGAGAGGCCACGUGAGCGCGGGCCAUGGUCGUAUCGGCAAGCACAGGAAGCAUCCCGGAGGUCGCGGUAACGCCGGAGGCAUGCAUCACCAUCGGAUCCUCUUCGACAAGUACCAUCCGGGUUACUUUGGUAAGGUCGGUAUGCGUUACUUCCACAAGCUUCGCAACAAGUUCUACUGCCCCAUCGUCAACAUCGACAAGCUUUGGUCUAUGGUCCCUCAAGAUGUUAAAGACAAGGCCAAGUGUUCCAAGGACUCUGCCCCUUUGAUCGAUGUUACCCAGUUCGGUUACUUUAAGGUUUUGGGUAAGGGUGUUUUGCCUGAGAAUCAGCCUAUUGUUGUCAAAGCCAAGCUUGUUUCUAAGACUGCUGAGAAGAAGAUUAAGGAGGCUGGUGGGGCUGUUGUGCUUACUGCUUAGGCUUUUUGAAUAAUUUUUGAAGAUGUUUUAGGGUGGACUCGUAGUUAUUUUUUUCACUCUUAAUGUUAUUAUUAGUACUUAAGUGUCAUUUCGUUUUGAGUUUUGAUUUGCAAUGAACUUGUUUACUGAUAUAUGGAUCCAUUUCCUUUUUUGUUAUUCAGCAUCAUGAUGCAUUUUCAUUUA